AUGUGCAGUGCUAGGAACAGCAAAGAUACUGCGCAGAACCCUCAAGCUCCCUGGCCUCUGGUAGAGGACCCGAGCUUAGAGAGGGAUAACCGCCCGCGGAGGGCCAAAGUGAGACAGGAAGCAGAGGAGGGGUUGUUCCAGUUCUUUCUGGUGGUUUCCAUCGAGUGGCUCUCGCCGAGCUGCAGCUCAGAGAGGCGAAGAAAGAGCGUGCUGUAA